AGAUCCUUAAUUUCACAACCUUUUCUAGCCUGAGUCAACCCGCAAGGAGACUGCGGCCGUCAAUACUAUUCCUCAUCUAACGCGGUUAAUUAUUUCCAUCCAUGUCCUUCCUCAAAUCUCAACUGUACUCUCUCUCACGCGCUCUAAGUAACGCAGACCAUUCUUAGCUGUACAAGAUACUCUCUCUCUCUCUCUCAUCUCAAUCAUCUAUUGCGAUUUGAUUCAACAAGCUUCUAGAUCGUUGUCGUUGAAUCAGCCUCAUCGUCAAAAGUGAAAAGUAUAAUCCCUGACUAGAUUCGUCUCUCAGAUGGCUGGUGGAGUGAAAGAAGACGAGAAGAACGAGCGGAUUAUUAGGAGUCUUCUCAAACUUCCCGAUAACAAGAGGUGUAUUAACUGCAACAGCCUUGGACCACAAUAUGUUUGCACUACUUUCUGGACUUUCGUUUGUACCAACUGCAGUGGAAUACACCGUGAGUUUACUCAUCGUGUUAAAUCGAUUUCAAUGGCAAAAUUCACCUCGCAAGAAGUCUCUGCUCUAAAAGAAGGUGGCAAUCAGCAUGCUAAGGAUAUUUAUUUUAAAGGACUGGAUCAACAGAGGCAGUCAGCACCUGACGGAAGUAAUGUAGAGCGGUUAAGGGACUUCAUCAGACAGGUCUAUGUGAAUAAAAGAUACACGAAUGAGAAGAAUGAUGACAAGCCUCCAAGAGGACCGAUGGGCGACAGUGAGACACGAAGUUCUAGUGGGUCACGAAGUCCACCAUACGAAGAUGCAUAUGAGCGUCGUUACAGUGACAGAUCAAGUCCUGGUGGGAUGAGUCCAGGGUUCGAGCAAGGUAACAGAAAAAGCCCUUCUCGUCCGGAGGUCUUGAAUGAUUGGCGCAGAGAGGAUAGAUUUGGGGGAAGAAAAAAACCUGAAGAAGAGUCACAUUCACCUGAGCAAGUAAAAGACUUGGGUUCAGCUAGCCCUCCUAUAGCUCGACCCGUCAGGGAAAUCUUGGGUGACAGUGUUAUUCCUCUUCGCGUGAUAGAACCUCCAAAACCACAAGUCAACCGAAAUAGUGAUUCUUCAGUGAUUGCAAAGCCCACUGCAUCAUCGAGUAGUUUAACCACCGCAAAUGAGAAUCCACCGGAAGUGAAGAUGGAGACUGCCAUGAGCUUGAUUGAUUUUGAUGCUGAUCCCGAACCUCCUGCUCCAUCUGUUGCAAUACAAGCACCAAUAUCGGCCACACAUCAACCUGCUGCCCAGCCAGCAAGUGCAAGUAAUGAUAAUUGGGCAUCUUUCGAUGCGGCGCCCAUUACUCCUAGUCUUAAUGUAUCUCAGCCACCACCCAGUGGAAACUCUGUGGAUUCACUUCUCUCUCAGUUGGCAGCGCCUUCAUCUGGGCCAGUUCAGACAUCUACAUUACCUAGUGGGCCAGCGCAUCUUGGUCAUUCCACGUCACAAAUCUUUGCACCACCUCCAAAUGGACAAUCAAAUGAACAGCCAUGGAACACAGGACUUUCAUCUAAUGUACAAAGGUCAAUGAGUGCACCAUCAUUGCAUCCUCUUCAAGGAGUUCCGUCUGAAGUUAAACCAUCCGGAAGAACAGAAUUACCUGCGGAUUUAUUCACUGCUACCUACCAAUCAUACCAUGCAGCAGCGCCCGGGUGGCAAGCCGGUCCACCUCAUGGCAUGCCCUAUGGCUUGCAGCAAUAUAAUAACACCAUGCCUUAUCAGAAUGUUCCCCAACCAGCCAGGUCAAUGAACCCUUUUGACUUCAGCUCUGAGCCACCGUCAGUGACACGAACAGAAACCAUGUUCCCUUCCAUGGCGUCUCUGCAAGGUGCAUUGCCUCCUUCCGGUAUGAUGCCUUCUCAAGGAUUACACAAUCAUUUCAGUAUGCCCCCUCAAGUCUCAGGUCAUCCAUCUGCAAUGCCACCGAGGUACAUAUCUCCUCAAAUACCAGGAAGCAUGCGACCUAGCAGCUUACGCCCAAUUGGAAACAUGGGCGCUCCAUAUGACACUCAACAAACAUAUCAAAAUUUUGGAAGCCCAUUUGCUGCAAAUUCUUCGAACCCUUCUUUCCCUUCAGGAGGAAACCCGUUUGGGUAAGAAGAGCGAGAGCAUUAGCUCGAAAUAUGCAAUGUUUGAGGAUUGAGUUCAAAAGUGUAGUAUUGAGGUAUCAAUUUGAAUCAAAAUAUUUGUUAAAAAAGGUUGAGCAAAGGAAGGUACGAGUCAUGAACGUGGAGAGGAAUUUGGGGUCGUCUGGGUUUAGGAUUUUCUAUAAGCAUCAUUUUGAAAUAGGUUUGAUUAUUAUUCCUUGGUUUCAACAUAUUUCAUUUCCCCUUUAAUGUUGUUUUAUUAGGCUUAAGGCUUGAGGGUGGUACCUUUUUAAAAAUCUUGAGGAUCAUUUGUGAUGUAUAAUUUUGUAAAAGAGUUUACCUUGAUCAUUAAAAUCUUGUCAAAACUGAAUAUUGGAAGUUUAAGCACAUUGAGUUAAUUUUGCUUUUUGCUCCAA